CACUUGUGUUGAGGAGGGGCGGGAGGGGAGAAAGAAGACCGAGAAGAAGCAGAGGAUAUCUCUUCCAUAAUGCCGUUGUUUUUCAAAAAGAGGAAACCCAGUGACGAGUCCAAGAGACGUCUUGAGUAUCAGCUGUGUCUGUCCAAGGAGGCCGGUGCGGAUGAUAUUCUGGACAUCUCAGGGUGUGAGCUUUCCGAGGUCCCAUCCUGUGUCUUUUCCAUCAGCAAAGUGCUGCAGAAAAAGGUCCUCAUUCUUCAUGGUAAUGAGCUGAAGACUUUCCUGCCAAAGGGAUCUGACAUCUGCAGUCUUAUGACGCUAAAGGUGCUGGAUCUGCAUGAGAACAAGCUCACCUCACUUCCAGACGAUAUCGGAAAGCUCCGAUCCCUUCAGGUUUUAAAUGUGGAGAAAAACCAGAUUAAAACUCUUCCAGAAUCCAUCGGAGAUCUACAACAUCUACAGACGCUCAAUGUCAAAGGUAACUGUCUCAAAGAAUUGCCAGAAUCAGUGGGAUCCAUGAGGAGCUUACGAACCCUGGACAUAAGUGACAAUGAAAUUCGUCAGCUCCCUAAAAACCUGGGCAAAAUUAAAACACUUGAGAGCUUAACGCUUGACGCUACCAUGAUGUCAUAUCCUCCGGCGUCUGUGUGUACUGGUGGUACGGAGACGGUGCAGCAAUUCCUCUGCGACGAACUGGGGGAGGAAUACUGCCCUCCGUCACAGUACCUGUUGCCGGUGUUGGAGAACGACUGCUGCAAGUCUAACGAGGAUGCAGUCGACAGCACCGAACUGGUCUGGCAGACUAAAUUCAAUGACUAUGCGAAGAGAAAGGAGCAGAAGCAGCAGGAGAAGCUGGCCUUUGAGCGACAGCUGGACGAGCGGCAGAAGGAGCACACGCAUCUCCUGUUCAUGAACAACUCCCACAAAGAGGACGUGCUCAAUUCAGUCAAACUGGAGCGCGAGCGUCUGGACCAGGGCCUGUCCCAGCAGCAGAGGGCUCUGGAGGCCGACAGGGUACUGAUCCUGGCCCGGGUGCGGAAGGCGGAGGAGGACGUCUCAAGCCGUGUGAGCAGCAUGCUAAUGGACAACACCAGACAAAAGAAGAGUUCAGAGUUUCUUCAGGCAUUGGAGGAAGAACGAAUUCGUAUGGAGCAUCUGACUGCCAUCACACAGGAUGAAGCUAAUUCUCUCAGGAAGAAAGAAGUGGCCACGGCCAUGCAGAAGAUGCUACUGGACAGCUAUUCCAUGAACCACCUGCAGGCGUUGAGUGACCAUCGCAGGAAGAAUAUGGUGUCAGAGGCCUACAGGAGCAUGGAGAGUUUAGAUAGGAGGUUUGAUCAGGUGCUCUCUCUGCAAUUGCUGGACAAGUCCAAAGCCAUCAGCCAGAUCCUUCAAGAGGAGGAGAUGCAGAAGGCAGCCUUCGAGGCCCUGCAGCUGCAGAAGGACAGUGUGCACGGCUACAUCCGCAGUCAGAUCAAACUCAUAGAGGGCGAGUUAAUGCAACUCACUAAUCUGGAGGUUAAGAGACGGAACCUGGACACUGAGAACCUGCAGGUGGUCCUGGGGGACCAGCGUACUGCUCUUAGUGACCUGCUCCAACAGCUGCUGAAGCAGAAGGACCAGAGAGAGCAGGAGCUGCGCCAAGUUCUGGUGGAGAUGGAACUCAAGUCAGAGUCCAACCAGCAGAACUACUGGAUGAUCCAGUACCAGAGGCUGCUGGAUGCUAAGCCACUGUCACUGCGCAUGCAGGAAGCUGGCCUGGAGAAGGAGCUGGUGAACCUGCUGUGUAAGCUGUCUGCUCAGCACCACAUGCCCACCCUGGCUCACCACAGAGUCACAACCAAGACCCUCCGCCACAUGAGCGCGUCUGACCUCCGCAAGCUCGGAGUCACUGAAGUCGGCGUCCAGAAAGCUCUGCUGGACUGGGCCAAGAAACACUCCCACGGUUCUCCUGCAGGAGCCUCUAAGGCCGUCUGUCAGCAGGAGGAGGAGACGGUGGGGGCGGAGGCCGUGACACCGUCAGCACCUCUCUUCCCGGACUCCCCUCUCCGGAGCGAGGUGGCUGCUGCGUACCCUAGCCCCCCCCACACCCCCGUCACCCCGUCUGCCUCCGGCAGCAUGGACCCGGGCAGCUCCGAGUGUGUGGUCUGCAUGGAGAGGGGGUCUCAGGUCAUCUUCCUGCCCUGCGGCCACGUGUGCUGCUGCCUGGUGUGCAACGACGCCCUGCUCAACUGCCCCCUGUGCCGCAGCAACAUCGCCCAGCGCGUGCGCCUCUUCCAGGGCUAGGGACCCCCCCCCCCCGACCGGCUCGCCCCUCCCUCCACCCGUCACACACCGCACACAGCGGCCAGCGCAUGUUAAAAGCAACCUGCUGUAGUUCACAUGUACAGCGGACUUCGAGGAAAAGGCUUUUUAUGCAAAUGUAAUCCAAUUGGUCGAGGCACUUUUAUUAUCACCGUAACUUUAGAGCUGGAGUCGAUUUUUUUAUGUCGUUUUUUGUUGAAAAUAUUUAUAAAGGUCUGGUGCUGUAAACCACAUGCAGGAAAUCAAACAUGUAUUAUGUUGACAAAUGCUUUUGAAAUGGUCGAAAUACAUUUUAACAUGCCCCCAGGGGGUUCAUGUCAUGCAAGGUUUAUCGGUUACUGUAUCGUGUCUCGACGUGGCUGCAUACAGGAUCUGUGCCUUUUACUUGUAAAUGUCUUGAGAAAAAAAAUCUCAGUAAGUUCUAAUAUAAUAUCCAAUAUAUCAAUCACCUCAUGUCUUAGAGUAGGAUUGCUGUCUGUCCACCAGUCUUUGUCUUUAAGUGCACCACCAACCUUCUGCUCUACUAUUACGACUGUCUCUCUCAGCUAAGUGCUAUGACGUUAUUCUGGCGCUCCGCCUGUAUACCAAAGGCCCCUCAGCUCUAACUGACAUCUGUCCAUCAUCGUCAAUCAGAAUGAGAGAUUAACAUAUUCAUAAGGAUGGCUCUCCGUUUUCCACAGUCUGUUUUUGUGUGAAAAUGUUUCAAUAUGUCUGAGAUUCUCCUUGGUCUCCUAUUCUUAGCGCUCUGUCUUCAUGCAAUUUAUUUUUUGAUGAAUGCCAUGCAUGCCAUAUGGACUAACACAGGAUUCAACCAUUUUAUCUAUAGUUAUAGAUAGCCUAAUUAUCUAUAGUUCUAGAUAACAUGAUGGUAAAUACAGCUGGUGUAUACCUUCAUUCAAGUGCUCUUACUAAAAUCUUAUACCUAGCCUGUUUCAAGUCCUCAGAUAUCAAUAUAUUGUCAAGAGUGUAUAAAGUGUAAAAUAUCACAUAAAUGUACGGUAAAUUAAUCAAAGUUGA